CACGGAAGCGGCCCUCUCCAUCCCCAAUUACUUCGGUCAGAAAUCUUCUCUUUCUUCUCGCGGCGUUCUUCUUUCAGAUUCGAUCGUUCCAAGGAUGGCCGAUCCCGUCACCGAAUCUCCUCAGAUCGCUCAGGAGGAAGCGAUAGAGCAGGAGAGGCUAAGGUACCUUGAGUUCGUGCACGCGGCGGCGAUCCACGCGGUGCUGUGCGCGGCGCGGCUGUACGUAUACGCGAAGGAGAGCGCCGGGCCGCUGAGGCCCGGCGUGCAGACCGUUGAGGGCACCGUGAAGACCGUCGUCGGCCCCGUCUACGAUAAGAUCCACGGCGUCCCCUUCGAGCUCCUCAAGUUCGUCGACCGAAAGGUUGAAGUUACCGUGCAGGAGCUGGAUCGUCGCGUCCCAUCGGUAGUGAAGGAGGCCUCGUCGGCGGCCCGGUCCGCGGCGGGCGAGGUCCAGCGGGCCGGACUGGUCGGAUCUGCCGCCGGCCUGGUCCGCUCCGUCUACGCCAAGUACGAGCCGGCGGCCAAGGAGCUGUAUGCCAAGUACGAGCCGGCAGCGGAGCAGGCCGCGGCCUCGGCCUGGCGCUCUCUGAACCGCCUCCCACUGGUUCCCCAGGUGGCCCAGGUCGUCGUCCCCACCGCUGCCCACCUCUCCGAGAAGUACAACCAAGCCGUCUCCUCCUCCGCCGAGAAGGGCUACGCCGUCUCCGCCUACCUCCCCCUCGUCCCCACGGAGAGGAUGGCACGCGUCUUCGGCGACAAUGUCGCUACUGCCGCACACUGAUCUAUCAUCUAUGCUUGGAGAAGGUACUUUUGUUUCUGGGCUCUGGUCGGCGGCUUGGUGUCGUGAUGGAGACUACGUAUGAACUUAUGGCUUUGGCACACUUGAGACGAUCUGGUUUUUGUUUGGCAUUGAAUAAAGUGUCUUCUCUGUUUGUUUAGUUAUCAAAGCGUCUCUGUUUUAUGCAUAUAAAUUGUGGAAAUGGUGAGUAAUAUAGUUUAUUUCUUUGAUAAA